GAAGCGGAAUACGUCGCAGCCGGACGUACGGGCGCGCGGCAUUCUGGGAAGUGUAGUCUAGAACGGACUCGGACGCCCCCUCGUAUGAAUGGGGCUCCGGUUGACGGCGAACUACAGCUCCUUGACCGGCAGCGUUGGUGGCAGCCGCUGAGAAAAGGGAGACCGUCACGCACCCCGGAGAGCGGCGCUCCAGGACGGUGGUGAUGUUCAGUGCCGCGGCGAGGCGGUAGCCGGGCUUCCAGGGGUAGUGGUCUAGUUGGGCGCUUCCUCUGCGCUCUCGCUCCCCUUCCCCUGUCUUGGCAAUGCGCCCGGCCUUCGCGGUGGGCCUGGUUUUCGCAGGCUGCUGCAGUAAUGUGAUCUUCCUAGAACUCCUGGCCCGGAAACAUCCAGGAUGUGGGAACAUCGUGACAUUUGCGCAGUUUUUAUUUAUCGCUGUGGAAGGCUUCCUCUUUGAGGCUGAUUUGGGAAGGAAGCGUCCGGCUAUCCCAAUAAGGUACUACGCCGUGAUGGUGACCAUGUUCUUCACUGUCAGCGUGGUGAACAACUACGCCCUGAAUCUCAACAUCGCCAUGCCCCUGCACAUGAUAUUUAGAUCUGGUUCUCUAAUUGCCAACAUGAUUCUGGGAAUUAUCAUUUUGAAAAAAAGAUACAGUAUCUUCAAAUAUACCUCCAUUGCCCUGGUGUCUGUGGGGAUAUUUGUUUGCACUUUCAUGUCAGCGAAGCAGGUGACUUCCCAGUCCAGCUCAACUGAGAAUGAUGGAUUCCAGGCAUUUGCAUGGUGGUUGCUAGGCAUUGGGGCACUGACUUUCGCUCUUCUGAUGUCUGCAAGGAUGGGUAUUUUCCAAGAGACUCUGUACAAACAAUUCGGGAAACACUCCAAGGAGGCUUUGUUUUAUAAUCACGCCCUUCCACUUCCUGGUUUCAUCUUCUUGGCUUCUGACAUUUAUGACCAUGCAGUUCUGUUCAAUAAUUCUGAACUGUAUCGGGUUCCAGUCGUUGGUGUGACAGUGCCCGUCAUGUGGUUCUACCUCCUCAUGAAUGUCAUCACUCAGUAUGUGUGCAUCCGGGGCGUAUUCAUUCUCACCACAGAAUGCGCCUCCCUCACCGUCACCCUUGUCGUGACACUGCGCAAGUUCGUCAGCCUCAUCUUUUCCAUCUUGUACUUCCAGAACCCUUUCACCCUGUGGCACUGGCUGGGCACCUUGUUUGUCUUCAUUGGGACCCUCAUGUACACAGAGGUGUGGAACACCCUGGGGGCCACCAAAGGCCAGCCUCAGAAGGAGGAGAAGAAGAACUGAGGCCCAGCUGCAGUAGAGACCCGAGGCUGAUGGUCUGGGGCCUGGCUGCUGUUUCACCUUGGUUAAUGCUGAAUUACCCACCGGGUACCAGGGAAUCCUCAGAGGGAGGGGCUUCUCAGAUUUCUCAUGGCUCUGCAGACCCACAUUUGUGGACCCUGAGUAGAAGCCCCUCUACCCUGAAGUAGAAAAGAGAACGGUUCUCCACUAUCGGGUAGCCCUGUUCAUUUGUUAUUUCUGUUUUGUUUACCAAAAUAUUCAGCACUGUACUGGCUUACUGAAUUCUGAGUCCCCAGAGCUACUAGUUUUAUAUCCAUGGUCUCAGACAAGAUUCUCCCUGUUCUGAUGAUUCUCUUCUGUAACAGCCAUCCUCCUCCUGGGGCCUUGACCCCUUGCUCCAUCACCCUGCCACCCGCAGCUCCACUCUUCCGUCUGACGCUCCAGGCACCCUCACCAGGAAGAGAACUGAGGCUCCGGUGAUAGUGGGGCUGGGCUUUCUCCCGAGAGUUGGGAAAGAAGCAGGUGUCCCUGUGUGCCCUGGUGACACUGGGGCAAGACUGGUGGGAAUCCUUUCCCACAUUUUUCCUUUUUUUCCUCCCUCUAUGCAACAGUCAUGUGCUUUCAUACCUUUUGCUUUCUACUGCAGCAAUUCUCUAUGGCACAGUGCUAAAGAAGAGUUGUAUAUGAAUUGGGAAAGAGAGACUUUUACUCUCUGUCUUCUCUCAGUUGUCUGAGUCAUUUAACCUCAGGGUUAGAUGGUGAUGCCAGGAGGACACAGGAGAAACUGGCCAAGAGGGCACUUGGAGAGCCUCGGGCUCUCCCGCCUCUACACCCAGCCAGGCAUUCAGGGCGGGUUCCACGUGGGAGAGAGGUUAAGUCUUUGAAAUGCUGCUUAAUCAGAGAGGUUCAUCUCUGCCUGGCAACUCUUUUCAGAGUUAUGACCAGUCAGGCUAAUGGGUAAACCAAUAUAUUCAGUAUGCGUGGGUGUGGUGUAUCAGGUCAAACUACAUCUGAAGUAGAAGGGUUUUCUUUUUUUAAACAAGGCAUCUUAAUGUUCUUUGCUGGGUUUGGGGGUGAGCGUGUUUUUUUAUAUGUAGAAACCUGUCCCACCCCCUCCCCCCGCCUUUGCUAAUCAUUUCAAAUGUCUGGUUUUCCUCCCAUGGGAUAAUUUUGAGAAAGAACAACAGCGUUAGGGUGGCGUGUGUAGGGGUGUGUAUGCUCUUGUGUGGUUUGUGAUCACUGGUGAGAGGAGAACCUGAAAGUCAGUGUUUUAUUUCCUCAUCCUUCAACAGCCCUGACCUACAUCGUCUCACCAGGUAUGUGCUUUGAGGGUCCAUCAGAUUUACCAGCCUCUCUUUUUGCACAUAGAGGCCUCUGCUUCUGUGCUGGGCACAGAUUGUGUUCUUAAAUCGAGAGGUGGCUCUCCAAGUCUCCUGGGCUCACCCAAGGUAUGAUGUGUUUAUUCCACUUUCAGGAGCUGUUCUCUGAUGGGCCUGAGAUAAGUGUCCUAGAAACCCUGGGUCACUUUAGGGGAAGUCAGUUAAGCUGCCUCGGGUUUUUUGUUACAUACGGUAUGGAUACUGUUUCUCCAUCUAAGUCCCAGGGUUUUCAGAUCGAUUUGUUGUUCUGGACAUUGACAGCUGUGCUGUGCCAGUGAGAGUCUAUACUAAAAGAUGCUGAAUUAAGUGUGAAUUUGUUCAUGUACUCAAAAGGUAUUUAUUUAAUUUCUUUGAACUGUGUAGAGUUUCUCAGACUGGUGGUGCUAUAAAUACCAUGUGUUAAAUAGCCUCUUAAGAACAAAAGCUACUUUUCUUACUGUAUAAUAAAAGAACCUGUCCCCAGGGGCUGUUUGAUUGCUGCAUGUCUGGAGUCUUGACAGGAUAACUAUAGAGCUUUACAUGAAAUAGUAUCACUUUUUUAAUUUUUUUAAUGUGGAUGGGAAAUAUUACAAUUUUUAGUAACUGAAACAGUGUUGAUGUACACAGACAGCAUUUAACUGGGUUCCUGAGGUUUUAGGUUCUGCUUAUGGAGCGUGUGUUUCUCUCAGGCUGAACACUUCUGCUGGUCUUAUUCAUAGGAGGAUGGGCAUGGAUAGCUUAGGGCACUCGUACAAUGAAAUGAGUCCAUGUAAGAACACAGUGCCCUGGGAAUUGGUUUUUCUUUCCAGUAGUUGUAUAUAAGGAAAUACAUCUAACAGAUCCUAGUUAAUACUUUUUAAAAACAGUUUAUUCCCCACCUUGGUUAACUGUUUUUUCAGUCCUGGUUGAACUUGAUUUCAAUCGCUGUUGAAAGGGCAAAUAAACCAUUUUAGAGGAUCCAGCUCAUCUGUAGCUGGAGAAGAAACGUCUGUUAAAUGCCUCUCCUCUUUCUCUGGAUCAAGGCCAUGUAAUUUUGUGCCCCAGAGAGGGUAUGGUUUGUUUACAAAAGAGAUUGAUGUUUCAGGCAUCCAAAACUCUACCCUUAGAGCGAAGAUCAAAUAGCAAAUGACUAGCUAGAAAACACAAGUUUUGUGUGUGUAAAUGUACCUGUGAACUCACUUCAUAGCUUGACCAGGGUCAUAAAUGAGGCAAAAGGAGAAAGUUGGUGAUAUUUGAGUUUUUCCAUUUAAUGUCUGCAUAUCCUUUACCACAGUUUCAUUGUUGUAUUAUCAAUGCUUUUUCAUUUUUUAUCAGGAAUUUGUUUUUGGUCUUUUAUAUUCUUUUUCAUCCAGCUGAAACCAUUAAUCCAUUUAAUAAGUUUCUGUCAAGUUCUGAAGUAUUUGGACACAGACUAGAUAGUCUUUUCCUUCUUUCUGCACAGUUACCCACAGUGAAUACAGUACCUGAAAUUUGGUCAUUGCGUCCAGUGAAGAAAAACACAGAAGCUGAGUUGAUCUCUGCCAACCUCACCAAACCCCUUCCAUUCUUCUGGGAAGAUUACCUGGUGUUUUGUAAGGACUAUAAUAGCUUGUGUCAUUCCCUGAGCACCCUUCCUCCCUUCUGCGUAUUUUUUUUUUCACAUCCUAACCCCUACCUCCGAUUUCUUCAGCAGCCUCUGGUUACUCGUGUAGUUUUCUACUGAGCGACACCUAUAAUGUUGUAUUUAUUUAUGCCUCUAUUCUUUGGGGCCUCUAGGUGUCUUUUGUGGAUUUUUAUAGGAUAUACAUAUCUGUGUAGCAUGUAUUUUGUUAUACGUUGUUUUAAGCACUGAUACUAGGGGUGUGUAUGUAUACAGAUGCAAAUAUCGGGCAGAGCGAAUGUAUGUGUAGAUGAGUAAGAACAAGAAGGGUUAAUGUACAAAUGUUUAUAUACUGUUACAGCUCAAAGUGGGGUGGAGAAUCCUAUCAAUCCUACCACAUUCUUUUCUUUCUUAUUUGGGAAGCAGUAGUUUUCGUCUUUUGCUCUUUUUACCCUACCUCUAGCUGACUUCACUCACAGUGCCAAAUGUCUGUGGUGAGGGGAGGUGGGCCUCAUUAGGUCAGGAGUAAUUGUAAACCAAUGAAUUAGUUCUGGGCUGGGGGACACGCUUAUUGGUGGGCUAGCACAUAAGCCAAUAUAGCAAAGACCUGAGCAUCUCCACAAAUGCAUGGUGAAACGCACCCUAACAUGGAGAUAGGAAAUCAAGAUCCUACAUUGCUGUAGUUUGUUUCUCUUUGACUAGAACUAUGAGCAUUUUGGUCUCAAUAGCUUUAUCCUGAAAAAUGUGCAUGAAAGUUACCUAUGAGAGUUCAGUCACGGGUGAAAGAACUGUCAAUAUAGAUAAAAUCCAUUUUUAUUACAGAUGUGUGACCUUUGGAAAUGAGUAUAAACAGUAAAGUUAAGAAUAAGCAUUAACAUACAUGUGUGUACCAGGCUGGGCUGGGAGACAACUAUAGUUGUGUGUGCUCUCUAGUGCCUUCCUUAUAGUGGGCACUGCAGAGGAGGGAGGGACCAGGGUCUGACUUGCAUCCCAUGAAUAAAUAAAUCCUCGCCAAGAUCUCUUACUCCCUCAAGUUUCUGAGAAAGCUUCUAAUGGUUCUUGAUAGCUGUUCCCACCCUUCAUCAGUAGGUCAGCAAGAAAGCAAAUAACACAACAUUCCUGAGAUUCUAAGCCAGAGAAGGAAGGGAGGAUGCACACCAGUCGUGCAAAUGCCGCUUUCUGCUCUCCAGUGGCCAGUGGGAGGAGGGCAGAGCAUUACAUAUUUAGCACCUUGCAUCGUUUGAUGCUCAGUGCAAGCAGAGGCCCUCAGGGUACCAUUAAAGAUGCUUAAAAGUUUUUGGAGUAGGCUGCUUGGGGUGUCCCUUAUAUCUCCAAAGCUGGUAUAGUGGGUUUGCAUUGGCUGAUGCCUUUAAGCUCAUUGUCUUUUUGUCUCCUCAGAAUCACACGGAGAUUUACCUACUUAAAUCACUCAGCGUUCUACCAAAUGCCCUCAAUUUCAAUCAAGUAAGGCAAGCUGCAAGGGUACCAGAGAUAGGUGGGUGUGGGGAGGAAAGCUGGGUCUCCAUUUAUAAGACUCAUACUUUUUAAAGUAAACGUUGUAAUGAUUCUUUGGCACAUUGAUUUAUUUAUAGCUUUGAGAUGUAAAGAAGACUCCCGUGAACCAGGAGAAGCAGUAAUUAUUCCCCAACCUGCUAAAAAUGUUCCUUGUGUGUCACUUGCAAUCACAAGUCAUUUCUGUGCUAGUUGCUUUCAUUCCAGAGAAUGGCAUCAUCCUCUCCAAAAAGAGGAUGAUUUUUACAGCAGGAUUUUGUAACAGAUUAUGUGGCAUGGGGCUGGGGAAGGAUGAUGGGGAUUUGACUUAUCCAGCCUCUGAGCUCUUCAUUCAUAUUGUGAUUUAAGAACAAAGAUGGCGGUGGGAGGGGGCCGGUGGCUAGACAGUAGUGGAGUAUGUAGAACAGCUCAGACAUUAGUGAGUAUUCAGAUUUUGAGCUGUAUAAAUAUCAAAUGUCAGCUUCCAGCCUUCUGAGUUAUUUGAGCAGAGAGUUACAGAGAAAAGGGAGAUUUUGUGAAUAAAAUGUUUUUGCCAAACAAA